AGUUUUUCCCCUAACAACGUCACCAGUGGUCCUAUGACUUUCACAAUCAAGUCUAUAACUAUGUCGUACGAAUGUACAGCCUAAUUCUUGGAUAGGACAAUCACUUCCAAAAGUGUUGCGUUUGUAAUAGUGACAAUUUGGGUAGGCCUACAAUAUUGUUAGGUUAUAAUAACAUUCCUGCUUACUUGUGUGAACGUUCAUAACAGGUAUAACCAAGCCUAAACAACCUGACAACAACAGCUAAAAGCAUACUUUGUUCUAAAGCAUAAAUUGCAAUUUUAGUAUAUAAUACUACUAUCUACUAAUAUUAUCAAUAAUUUAUCUCUAAAUACCGUUGUUGGAAGAGUGUCGGUUGAAUAUAUCUCUGCACGAUUCAGACGUUCUUGAAGUCCACUAAAUAAACUAUAUCCUUCGUGAUAAUAAAUUCACUUCAGCAAAGAUCAUUUGGGUUAAUGCUUUAUUUCAAAGAAGUAAACCCUAACAGCUAAGGCUGUGUGUAAAACAUUACAUUGAUAAGCAAUUGUUUUGUCACUUAGAAAUUAUUUUAAACUAAUUGCUCCAUGUGAACUAUAUAUAACCUAUUUACUACUAUUUGCAUAUACUUUUCGGAAACUUCAUUUUUAUUUUUAAAGAAACUACAGAGAGAAGGCAAUGUUGCACACUCAGCUAGUGUAGGACCUCAUAGUUUGACAGAAUCAGGCAAAGGUCAAAUAAUCAAAACCCGUCUACAUCCAUCACAUCCUUGUUUUGACGCGUAGGCCUACCUUGUUUGAAAUAGCAAUGGAUUUUAAGUGACGGCCUUAUUCUAGUGUUGAUUUCAAUGUCUAUUUUUAAUAUGAAAUGAGAUUCGACACUUUGGACUACUGAUGCUUCAUUACCGUCAGUGUUCUUAGAAUUUGUUUUGUUAGACUUAAAUGUGCACGACGAAAUAUACAGCUUAAAUUUGAAACAGUUGGCUACCAUCUGCCCCUUAGUAUUGCGCUUCUGGUCUGUCACAUGAAGCCAGAUUUUGGCGUAAUUUCGAAGAUACUUGCAAAUCCUUUAGUUAUGAUUUAACCGGUCUGUGUUAAACCUGUAAUAACGGGGAUUUAUAAAGGGCGAUUCCACGAGGUAGCCAACAUUUAUCCAACUCCUUGUUCAGUAUGUCUCGUCUGCUUUAUGCGCAACAUCAAGUACACGUGUGUAGCGAUUUGACAGUAAAGUUUGUGAUUAAUUAUGUUUUCAUUAAACUUUCAAACCAUACUUUAAUUUGCGAAUAUAGUGCUUUUAGCCUGUACUUUAUUGUGUUACAGUAUAGUUUUAUUGUGCUUCGCAGGGACAGAUUUGCGCCUCCUUCAUGGUCCAGCAAAUCCAGCUUUCGAAGAGUUCUCUGUGAUUUUUAUUCUUAUUUUACCGAACGUGAUGCACUGAUCUCUUCACGGAACAAUGAGGACUCGUAUAUUUAACAUACCAGUUUUUAUUGCAGUACUAAAUAUUUUGUUAAUAUCCAUACAUUACAAAACGCAGCUCUGUUAAGCAUGCUGCAUGUAGCCUUCGUAUCAAUGCAUUUUCACGUGGCGAAGCAGAAUGCUUGAAAAUGAGCAGCUUUUUGUACAGAAGGUAGUUCCAUAUCCGAGCCAUGAACCUCCUAUAAAUCAUGUAAAAGACCCUGAAAGGUUUUCAAUGGAACUGCUUGGAUCUGUGAAAAUAAUAUCAGCGUUUUCCGUCAGAAUGAACUUUUUCACUGUACUCAGGCAUGAAAUAAUCUGACCCGACACUUCAAACCAUCUGCGCUAUCUAUCCGCCUUCUUAUUUACGGAAUCAGCCUCUGCACAAAGCGAAGUGUAUUUGAUACUAAACCAGAAUAGCCAGCUACACAGCACUCUCACUGAAUCCAUAAAUAUAUUAAUUUGUCUACAGUUAAUAAUGUAUUAUUCCCAGGGAGUGGCUGGAUAAAUAACAUUACAUGGAAAUACAGAGCAGCGUUAAGCGCUUUUACAGUCACAAAGACCUGUAAUGAGGGGAAUAAUAAAGAAUGGCACUCUAGAAACGCACACACGCGCGCGCGCUAAAUGCGGUUCACAUUGGUAGUUAUGUGUCCACGUUAUUGGUAAACUAUAUGUGUAUGACAUAUAGCCUAGGCCUAUAAUAGGCUAUAAAAUAAAUAUCACAUAAGAUGGGCAUCCCUAAAAUUAUGAUUAUUAAGUAUUACUUCAAGUUAGGUUUUUACUGUUUUAUUUAAAUGUUUCAUGUAUGUUCAUGUAUUAUCCCAUUUCCUAAAGCUGUGCUAAUUUCUCGGACUAAAUUUACCUUUUACCUGUUUUUUUUACUAAAAAUUGGUAAGGCUUUUGGUGGCUCUCUGAUAUGUAAACAUCAUAGGUCAAAUUUGCAUGGGACUUUGAUUACUGUAAUAAAAUAAAACCGUCCUUGUAAAAGCCGGGGUUUUAUUUAUUCAUUUAUUUAUUUUCUAAAAAAAAUUAAAAAAAUUAAAAAAACAGUAACAUUUGUUUUUUGAAGAUCUAGGCCUAAAAUAUUUUUUUUUUAACUGAAUGCAUUUUCCCUUUCAAAAGAACGAGAUGCAAAGGGAGUUGAUGCACAGAAACAUCGAAGGCAAUUAUAUUUUUGAAGACAAAAAGCAAAGGUCAGAAUGUUUUCAUUUUUUAAAGGCGCUGUCGAGCUCUGGGAGGUGCUGAAAUCUCUUUACGCUCCUUUCCGCGUGAUUGGCAAACUUGACAGUGAUUGACAGGCAUCCAUGGCAACCACUCAGCCAAUCUGCCAAGUCCAAUAGAAAAUCAGCAGAGGGCUGAAUGUCUUUUUUUCUUCAAAAAUUUCAUCUCGGGUCUAGUUGUAUACUCUCGUACUUGCAAUCUGCGAAGUUCAACCAUCGAGGCUGCUUUAGCCAGCCAGAGGGCAUCGUUCCUCAGUGUUUUUAACGGUUGAUCUGUUAACUUUGGGAUUGCCUUUUUGUCUGCAUCCGAAAGAGAGAAAGGAUAAGCGAGAGAGUGGGAUUGGGCGCGAGUGCGAGAGAGCGACAACAGCGGGAAAAAAGAGAAGCAUCCAUGUUUCAGCUUCCUAUCUUGAAUUUUAGCCCCCAGCAGGUAGCGGGGGUUUGUGAGACUUUAGAGGAGAGCGGAGAUAUUGAACGUCUCGGUCGCUUCCUCUGGUCGCUGCCCGUCGCCCCAGCAGCCUGCGAGGUCCUCAACAAGAAUGAGUCGGUCUUGAGAGCGAGGGCCAUAGUGGCCUUCCACACUGGGAAUUUUCGAGAGCUUUACCAUAUCCUGGAAAACCACAAGUUCACCAAAGACUCACACUCUAAACUGCAGGCCCUUUGGCUGGAAGCACACUACCAGGAGGCAGAGAAGCUGAGGGGCCGCCCGCUAGGACCGGUGGACAAAUAUCGGGUAAGGAAGAAGUUCCCUCUGCCCAGAACAAUUUGGGACGGGGAACAAAAGACACACUGCUUCAAAGAGAGAACCCGGCAUUUGCUCAGAGAAUGGUAUCUGCAGGACCCUUAUCCGAACCCUAGCAAAAAGCGGGAGCUUGCACAGGCUACGGGACUUACUCCCACACAAGUGGGAAACUGGUUCAAAAAUCGCAGACAAAGGGAUAGAGCGGCAGCAGCAAAAAACAGGCUUCAACAGCAAGUCCUGACCCAAGGUUCGGUUCGGUCUCUGGCUGAAGAGGACGUUGCAGUGGACCGACUCGGUGCUGCGUCCAGCCCUGAAGCUAGUUUGUCCAGCAAAGCCGCCGCCUCGGCAAUAUCUAUCACUUCCAGCGACAGUGAAUGUGACAUCUAACGCAGGCAGCCCGAAAGAGAAAGAGAACGCGAGCAAAACAGUGGAGAUAAAAACAGACAAUCUAAAAGAAACAAUAACAGUGCCUGCAUUUAAAUAUACAAAUGGUAUUCUUAUUUGAAGGCUGCCAAACCGCGAGGGAUACACGGGAACGCCCUGUCUUAAAAUGUAAUUUUAUUUCAUUUUUCUUAACGGAUGACUGAACUAAAUAACAAAAAAAAAGAAAGAAAAAAAAGAGACACAAACAAAAAAUGACAUGACAUGAAAAUAAACUGAAGAAGAUAAAUAGGCCUUCACGGUCCCUUUUUCGGAGGUGGGAAAAGUUGAUGAAAAAAAAUGUUGAGCGCCUGCCCUGGUUUUCUGUGGGUAUUUCAUGUUGAAAAAGACGCUGUGAUAUUUUACUUUACUUUUUAAAGUUUUAUAAAUAAUGUUUAUUUACUUAUUUAAAUGAUUGGCUCUGUUAGGUUUGGUCUUUAUUUGCUUGAUGUUUUUAAUAUUUGCCUCGUGCACAGGUGAACCGUAGCAAUGCGCUGAAUAGUUGAAAUAUGUUUCAGUAAAAGAAAAAAAAAGGUUAACUAAAUAAAUAUUUGUUGAUCAAAGCA